AUGGCUCAUAAAAGAACAUUAUACUAUUGCCUUCUCAUGCUCUCUAUGUUGUCCAUUUGGUUUGUGCCAUCAUUGGGAGACACAGAUGCUCAAAUUUUGAUAAGGUUCAAAAGUUCCUUGUCCAAUGACAAUGCUUUAAACAACUGGGGGAAUGAGCCUAAUUUGUGUAAAUGGGUUGGUUUAUUAUGCAAGCCUGACCAAACAUUUUAUGGCUUGAGACUAGAGAAUAUGGGACUAGGUGGGAAGGUUGAUGUAGACACCUUGUUAGAAUUGUCAAAUUUGACAAGUUUUAGUGUGAUUAACAAUACAUUUGAGGGUCCAAUUCCUGAGUUCAAAAAAAUGGUCAAGUUAAGUGGGUUGUUUCUUUCCAAUAACAAGUUCUCUGGUGAAAUUCCUGAUGAUGCUUUUGAGGGCUUGAAAACUCUGAAAAGAGUAUUCUUGGCUGAAAAUGGGUUCACAGGUCACAUUCCUAAGUCACUAGCUAACUUGCCUAGACUUUUGGAUUUGGAGUUACAUGGAAAUAGUUUUGGAGGAAACAUACCAGAGUUUCAACAAAAGGUUUUCAGGGUUUUUAAUUUAUCGUAUAACCAAUUGGAGGGUCAAAUACCAGAAAGCUUAAGCAACAUGAAUACAAGUUCAUUUGCUGGCAACGAAGGCCUAUGUGGAGCACCUAUAAGCCCCUGCAACAACACUGGCUUCACGCCCGACAACACUAAAUCUGUGAUUCCCAAUCAAGCUUCUUCAACUCAAGGAAAGGGAAAGAAGCACCUUAUCCUUGUUACUGUCAUUGUAGUGGUGGCUGUGGUUGUCUUGGCAUCAAUAGUAGCACUUGUGCUUAUCCAUAGCAACAGGAGAAAAAGGUUGCAACCCGAAACAUUAGGCAAGCAGGUAAAUUCCCAGAACAAUGCAAGCUUCAAGGAGUCACAAUCCAUUGAUCUGACAAGUGAUUUCAAGAAGGGUGAUGAUGUAGAAUUGAACUUUGUUAGGGAAGGUAGAGGGGGAUUUGAUUUGCAAGACCUGCUUAGAGCUUCAGCUGUUGUUCUUGGUAGUGGCAGUUUUGGGUCCACCUACAAGGCAAUGAUUUUGAAUGGACCAUCUGUGGUUGUGAAGAGGUUUAGGCAUAUGAACAAUAUUGGGAAACAGGAGUUCUUUGAGCACAUGCAGAGGCUUGGAAGUUUGACACAUCCUAAUCUUCUCCCACUUGUUGCAUUCUACUACAGAAAAGAAGAGAAGUUUUUGGUUUAUGACUUUGGUGAAAAUGACAGCUUGGCUAGCCAUCUACAUGGUAGAAAUGGCUCUGUACUAAGCUGGUCAACUCGUUUGAAAAUCAUAAAAGGAGUAGCUAGAGGCUUAGCUUAUCUCUAUGAAAAGUUCCCUGGACAAAAUCUACCUCAUGGUCACCUUAAAUCCUCCAAUGUGGUGCUUGACCAUUCAUUUGAGCCACAUUUGACUGAGUAUGGACUUGUGCCAGUGAUGAACAAGAGCCAUGCUCAACAGUUCAUGGCAGCAUAUAAGGCUCCAGAGGUGAACCAAUUUGAUAGGCCUAAUGAGAAAAGUGAUGUUUGGUGUUUAGGAAUCCUCAUAUUGGAAUUGUUGACGGGGAAGUUCCCAGCAAAUUAUCUAAGACAUGGGAAAGGAGGGAAUGUUGAUUUGGCAACAUGGGUUGACUCAGUUGUGAGGGAAGAGUGGACUGGUGAGGUGUUUGAUAAGGACAUUAUGGGGACUAGGAAUGGUGAAGGUGAGAUGCUGAAGCUGUUGAGAAUUGGAAUGUAUUGUUGUGAAUGGAAUGUGGAGAUUAGGUGGGAUUGGAGAGAGGCAGUGGCCAAGAUUGAGGAGCUAAAGGAGAGGGAUAGUGAAGAUGAAUUCUCUUCUUAUGUUAGUGAAGGAGAUUUGUACUCAAGGGCUAUGACUGAUGAUGACUUCUCUUUAUCUAUCACCAAGUGA